AUGGUGACUGCCAACGAGCCUGCGGACCCCCUGGCCAAGGGCACCAUCGCAACUGCUAAGCAGUCUCUCAGCGAUCUCUUCGUAUGGAAGCAGAGGGUCGUCGUCACCAAUGAUCUCGGGGAAUCGCAUACGGAAUGGCAGGCUCCCGAGAGGCUGAGGAACCCCAUUUCCUUGUUCAGGCAACUGAGUGCGAAGGAGUGGCUUUUCUUCUUCGUCGGCUUCUUUGCCUGGACAGCCGACGCCUUCGAUUUCCACGCCCUGUCGAUUCAGACCACGAAGUUGUCCCGUUACUACGAUACAUCAAAGACCAACAUCAGCACAGCCAUAACCUUGACCCUGCUCCUGCGGUCUGUCGGCGCUGCCAUAUUUGGUCUACUUGGUGACCGAUUCGGUCGAAAAUGGCCCAUGGUAGCCAAUAUGCUCGUUCUGGGACUACUUCAGGUUGCAACCAUCUACAGUGCGACAUUCCAACAGUUCCUGGCUGUUAGGUCGUUGUUUGGUCUCUUCAUGGGAGGCGUCUACGGCAACGCUGUCGCUAUGGCGCUGGAGAAUUGCCCAACUGAAGCCCGCGGCUUGAUGAGCGGUAUAAUGCAGCAAGGCUACUCCUUCGGCUAUGUCUUAGCAGCAUGCGCCAGCCUCGGUGUCGGUGAAGAGGCCGAUACCUGGAAGACGGUGUUCUGGAUCGCGACCGGUCUUUCCAUUGCUGCUGGUCUCAUCCGCUGCUGCUUUCCCGAGUCGAAGCAGUUCAUGGAAGCCAAGGCUACAGGUCAUCACAUUUCUGCGAGUGACUUCUGGAAGGAGACGAGAUCGAUGCUGGCCAAGGAGUGGCGGUUGUGGAAGCCGCAGUUCCCUUUCUGCGACAGUACAGGAUCCAGAGCACAUAGUUCGAAGGUUCCAAAGGGAAGAGCUCUCGGGACAUGUACCAAGCCAAGCCGAGAUACGUGGUCACUGACUCAGCACAGCAUCUACUGUGUCAUCCUGAUGACCUGGUUCAAUUACUACUCUCACACCAGCCAAGACAGCUAUACAACAUUCAUGAUUUCUUCGAAACAGCUGGACAACGCCGGAGCGAAUCGUGCUAGCAUCCUCAUGAAGACGGGAGCCUGCGUGGGCGGUACCAUCAUUGGCUACCUCUCCCAGUUUGUCGGUCGUCGACGGGCAAUUGUCGUAGCCGCCAUGAUCAGUUGCUGCCUCAUCCCAGCAUGGAUUCUGCCGGUGACCGAGCGUAGUCUCUCAGCUACUGGCUUCUUCAUGCAGUUUUUCGUGCAAGGAGCUUGGGGUGUCAUUCCAAUUCACCUGAACGAGCUCUCGCCGCCGGCUUACCGAUCCAGCUUUCCCGGACUCACCUAUCAAUUGGGCAACAUGAUCAGCUCUCCUAGUGCUCAGAUCGUCAACGCCAUCUCCGAGAGCCACUUCCUGCGUAACCAUAAGGGCAAUAUCGUCGAAGCGUAUGGCCCGACAAUGGGCAUCGCCACAGCGAUCAUCGCGCUGGGUAUCGCGGUCACCACUGCUCUCGGCCCAGAGAAGCGUGGUCGGUCCUUUGAGCAUGCCCCUGCAGGUGGUAAUAUCAGCAAUGAUGUGGAAAAGGCUCUCGACAUGGCGUCUCUUGCUGAAUCCUCCAAGGCUGCCCCUGUCGCUGAAGUCGAGGACAAGAAGACUGCGGCGUGA